AGGCCGGCCCGCGCCGCACGAGGCGCGCGCGGGCGCGGGCCCAGCGGGGGCCCAGCCGGGUGUUCGGCCGCGCGCGCCCUCAGCGGGGGGCGCCUGUGCGGCUCCAUGGGCGCGCCGCCGGAGCAGCCCGCAGGGGAGGGCGCCAAGGAUGUCGCGGAGAGCGCGGCGGCCGAGAGGCAGGAGGACCGGGAGCAGGGCCCGCACGUCCGCUUCGGGGUGACCGAGCCCAUCAGCCUGGGGCUGCCGACCAAGGAGGAGGUGGCCCGCACUGGGACCCUGCUGGAGGAGCUCCGGCGAGACGCGCCCCUGGAGGGGGAGGAGAAGAUGCGGUUCCGCAGCUCGGUCCUGGUCGAGGUGAGGCGCAUCGCGCUGCAGUGGGUCUACGAGGUGAGCAUCCAGCAGGGCAUGGACGAGGAGGCCGCGAGGCUGGCUGGAGCAAAGAUCUUCACCUUUGGAUCGUACAGGCUCGGACUCGUGAGCCCUGGGUCAGACAUAGACGCGCUGUGUGUCGUUCCGAGACACAUCACGCGCGAUAAUUUCUUCCAGGUGCUCGCAGGCAAGCUCGGCGAGAAUCCGGACGUGACAGACCUUUCGCCUGUGCCCGACGCGUAUGUGCCAAUCAUCAAACUCACGAUGUGCGGCAUUGAGAUGGAUCUGCUCUUCGCGCGACUGUCGCUGACACAGAUACCAGAAGAGCUGGAAUCUCUGAAUGAUGACAACCUGCUAAAGAAUAUGGACGAUAAGACGGUGCGAAGCCUGAAUGGCUGCAGGGUCGCUGAUCACAUUCUCGAGCUAGUGCCCAAUCCCGACAGUUUCAGAGAUACGCUGCGAUUCGUCAAGAUUUGGGCAAAACGACGGGGUAUCUACUCAAAUGUCCUUGGCUUUUUCGGCGGGAUCACAUGGGCAAUUCUCGUAGCUCGGGUGUGCCAAUUGUACCCACACUUCACCGCGGCUGCGUUGGCGAGGCGCUUUUUCAGGGUGUACGACCGCUGGGAUUGGAAGAAUCCAGUGGCUCUGUGUCCUAUCCGUGAGCAGCCAACUGUAAACGGGCUAAUGCAGUUUAAAGUGUGGAACCCGAAGUUGUAUCCUCAAGACCGGAUGCACUUGAUGCCCAUCGUCACUCCAGCGUUUCCAUCGAUGAAUUCUACAUACAAUGUGUCUGAGUCAACGAAGAGGACUCUCCUGGCAGAGUUCGACAGAGCGUACAAGUUAAUGGAGCAAGUCGAACAGGGGUCAUGCAAUUUCGCGGAUGUGUACAAGCCGUUGCCGUUUUUCUCCACGUACAAGGUGUUCUUGCACAUCGAGAUCCUGGCGAGGUCGAAACCGCUGUUCUCGAAGUGGAGAGGAUGGAUCGAGUCCAAGCUGCGCCACCUGGUCAAGCACAUGGAGAACAUACCGUCCGUGAGCGUGCGCCCCUGGCCGAACCACGUGGACUUCGAGGACGCGGAGUGGCCCUACGCCACCGCCGUCUUCAUGGGCAUGACGGUCCCCAAGAAGGGCUCGCACCAGACCAUCGACCUGCGCGGGCCCGUGACCAAGUUCGUGGAGAUCAUCCACUCGUGGCAGGGCCACGGCGAGUACGCGGGGCAGUGCGACAUGAACGUGCGGCACGUGCUGCGGCGGGACCUGCCGCCCUACGUGCCCACCGAGGACGGGAAGCCGCGGAAGGCGGCGGCCAGAGUGGACUCCAUGGAGUCCCUGGCGCUGGCGGGGCCCCAGGCGGGCGACGUGCCCGAGGCCGGAGCCAAGCGGGAGACCGACGCCACCGACGCCCCAGCCGCGAAGCGGCCGCGCAGCGGCGAGGUGACCGGCGUUGCGCUGCCGCUGCCGGCCCUCGCCGCCACGCAGGGGCCGCCCGAGGCGCGGGCGCUCGCGGCGCCCGCGGCCGCGGCGGAGGACGC